GGAUUUGAAUAGCGUAUGUCGUUUGUACCUGCAUGGAUAAUGAGCUUAUCGGGUUGCUUUCGUGCAGUGGGCUUUAAGAAAUCAGACAUAUCAUUAACUGUUGCACCUGAGAAAGACUUAACUAUUACGUUUCUGUCAGUGUUGGAUACUUCCCAACCUUUUACAUAUUUUAUAAUCGAAUCUCCAGCUAUAACGACCGUUUCUUUAGUCCGUUGUCUUUCUGCUGUUCUUUCCUCACUUGCCUUAUGCGCUUCUCUCGUUUGCUCGUUUUCCUUUGCCUUGACUUGAACAAUCUUUGACUUGAAUGAAGGAAGACCUUGGCUCCACGCAGACCAAACUAUCAAAAUUCUUAGUGAAAUAUAGAAACACGCCACACAGCACGGCUGGUGAUACACCAACAACUUUCUUCAUGGGACGAAAUUUACGCUCACGGUUAGACUUGAUCAAACCGGAUACUCGAAAGCAUGUUAUAGAGGAGCAAGUCAGCCAAGCCAAACCCAAGGGUGCUAUUGCCGGUAAUGUACGUCAACUAUUCAUUGGGCAGGCAGUGAAUGUAAGAAAUUACAGAGGGAAGGAAAAGUGGAUUCAAGGAUUUGUGCGUGCUCGAACCGUACCAGUGUCAUACCAGGUGGAGAUUGUAGCAAAUGUUAUCUGGAGGAGACACAUCGAUCAAUUACUUGCCUCGGAAAACAUAACCAACACUCAAUAUCUUGAACAAGUUACAGAUAUUCCAGCCUUGGCCAAUGAAAAUAAUGCUAAAGACGAAACACCCGUGGACAUACAAGAGCAACAAGAAACUUUAGAGCCAAAUCAAGAAAUUGAUCAAGUGGAACAACCUAAACAACGAUAUCCUGUCAGAAUUCGUUAUGAACCAAAUAGGUUAGGACUUGAUAAUUAAAAUAGUACUUGUUAGAUAUAUGGUGCGAACACAUUAUGGACGUCAUAAAACAGUCAUGAUGUUUCUUUUGGGGGGGGGUCACCACCACGAUGCAUGGUAGUUACUUUGACGUUUUAUAAAUACAAUAUUGAAGAAAACUACACUAGAGAUGUGGGUAUCAUGGAUAAAUAUAAUUAUUAAUAAAAAUAAAAUAAAAAAUCACCAUCAGCUGCCGAACGCAGCGAGGUAGCACACUAUUCUUGACACGUGGUUGGAUCUCCAGAGUCCACCCAACCCAGUCUAUGUAUGGUCGAGAUCUCGAUCUUGUGUCCAUCUGCAAAGAUGCCGUACUCCGGUGGAAUAGUUAAGCGUCAGGAACGUUUGUUAAAUGAAGAGAGCGGUCAUAACAAAACUUUUUAUAGCGCACGCAUCAUCAUGUGCUCAAGAUUUUUCAAGCUUUUAAAUAUUCGGAAAAAUUAUGUAAGUAUGGCUCUUUUCUUUCUUCUAAAAUACAUCAAAGCGAUGACCUUUUUAGUGUUCAAGCUAAAG